CAUCAGUUCGCUUCAUUUCUGUAUUAAUUAUCUCCUUAUGGCUAAUAGCUACAGCUUCACGAGGAGGCAGCUUCUACGUUUGUUCUUUCUCUUAUUAGCUGUUCAUUCCGGUGAUGGUAUAGCUAGCGGAGAAGAGGCUGCAGCGGCGGUGGAUAGGGUGACGGACUUGCCUGGACAGCCGCCGGUGAAGUUCCGGCACUACUCCGGCUACGUCAAGCUCAGGCCCAACCAGAGCAAAGCACUGUUCUACUGGUUCUUCCAAGCUCAACAUCAUGCUUCCCGCAAACCUCUCGUCCUCUGGCUUAAUGGAGGGCCGGGAUGCUCUUCGAUAGCUUUCGGCGCGGCCCAGGAGCUUGGCCCGUUCCUUGUUGCCGAGAACGGAACUCGACUUGUGUUUAACAAACAUUCUUGGAACAAAGCUGCAAAUAUGCUGUUUCUGGAGUCGCCUGUGGGUGUGGGCUUUUCCUACACAAACGACUCAAAUGACGUCCAGAAGCUAGGCGACAGAGUUACCGCCGACGACUCGCACGCUUUCUUGAUCAACUGGUUCAAGAGGUUCCCAGCUUUCAAGUCCCAUGAUUUCUACCUUGCGGGAGAGAGCUACGCCGGUCAUUAUGUACCCCAAUUGGCUGAGCUUAUCUACGAAAGAAACAAGGCGGCCCCUAGAAGUGCAUACAUAAACCUCAAAGGCUUCAUGAUAGGGAACGCGGUGAUUAACGACGAAACGGACGCAAUGGGGAUGGUUGAUUUUGCUUGGAACCACGGGAUCAUCUCCGACCAACUCCACCGCAACGUAAAGCAGUGCUUUGCCGACGAGUACAGUCGUCGCAAAAGCCGUCACCGGCGCCAGGGCAGUAACAAUUUAGAAGCAGAAAUGAUGAACUGCAGCAACCAUCUGAACGGGUUCGCUCAAGCCUACACCGGAAUCGACAUUUACAGCAUUUACACACCACUUUGCCUAACCACUACCACCACCACCACUCCCAAGUUCGCCAACAAUCACCACAAUCUCAACGUUCGUACCUUCUUCAAGGAUCUGUGGCGCCAUUAUAAGCUGCCGUCGUCAGGGUACGACCCAUGUACAGAAACCUAUGCAAAGGCGUAUUUCAACAGGCCAGACGUCCAGAAGGCGCUUCAUGCCAACCUCACCAAAUUGCCCUACCCUUAUGAUACCUGCAGCUCAAUGAUCGUGAAGUGGGAUGACACCCAAGACACCGUGCUGCCCAUCAUUCGCAAGCUCAUAAAAGCUGGAUUGCGUAUUUGGAUCUACAGUGGGGAUACGGAUGGAAGGGUGCCGGUGACGUCUACUCGGUACAGCGUAAACUCGAUGGGGCUAGAGGUGGAGGAAGAAUGGCGGGCGUGGUUCCACAAGUCACAGGUCGCUGGCUGGGUCGAGACUUACAGAGGCGGGCUGGUCCUAGCCACGGUGAGGGGAGCUGGCCAUCAAGUCCCCGUCCUGGCGCCGCAGCAGUCGCUCUCUCUCUUUGCUCACUUCCUUUCUGCCACUCAGCUUCCUUCUUCUCCUUCAGGCGUCUAGCUAGAAUAAUUACCACCAGCAUUAUCAAUCGGAUCCUAGUUAAUCUAGUAAUAUAUUGGUUGAUGACAAGGCCCUAAUUUGAUUAUCAGAUAUUUGUGUUGUCGUAUGUACGUUUAUGCGCACCGCGAUCGCGUGUUACGCAACGACACGUGUCUUUUUCUGAAAUUUCUUCGUUUUUUGAGUAUGUGUGAUGAUUUCGAAUUCUGGAAUCACCAUCCACAAACAUUUCGCGUGUUAUUAUCG